AUGGCUGGCUUGGCGUCCAUUCCCAUCAUCUGCUGUGGCAGGCUCGAGAAGGUUGGAAAUCUCGUGAUUAAUUAUCUUCGACCUCGCAUUGAAGUCGUCCAGUUCGUCUUUCCCGGUGAAUCCGGAUCCAAAAUCAUCCCAGCCCUCCUCGCCGGGAAACCAGCGCCCGCCCAUGCGGAGAGCAGCAGUAUCGGCACGGGAAACUAUUCCCGCGUCCCCCGAGCGGUCCUGUUCGGCGCCGCUUUCGAUGAAGAGACCAUUCGCAAGCUGCGCGAAACCCAAGAAUCAAUUCCCGUCACGGACGAACGGUACAUCUCGCACGCCAGCCAAAGGUCGCUGGAUGUGCUCCUCAAGUUGGACAAGGAGGGCGCUCUCGAUGGAUCAAAUGACGAUCUUGUUUUCUAUUAG